AUGUCGGACGAGGAGGUCAUCAAACGCCGGCUACAAAUCGAUGGCGACGGAACCGGCGACGAUAGACGCUUGAACGAUUUGUUGAAAACGUUCAUUAAAUGGUGCAACUCAAACGAUGCUUCGGAUAACAGCCAACCGAUCUACGAUCGCUUACUAGCUCAACUUGCACAGUGCGAGUUUGAUAUGAAAAAGUCCGACUUUUACGCGGACGUUAUGCAGCAAGAGCUGAAAAACUAUGCCACCAUCUCGGACACGAUAGAGUCGGGAAUUGAAACGGCAAAGGCACAGAUCGUGCAAAGCAAACAGAACCUGGUGCUGGCGAAGAAGAUUCGCAAGAAUCGGAUGGAGUACGAUAUGCUGGCGAAAACGAUAAACCAGCAGCCGGAUCGCAAAAAUACUGUCCAGGAGCUGGAAUCAUUGAAACAGAAUCUGGACCAGCUGAAGGAGAGUAGGGCCGAUCUGCAACGGAAGCUGGAAACGAAGAAGAAGGAUUUUAGUGUGCUGAUGCGAUCGAUCGCGGAGCUGCAGAACAAGCUGGAUCCGAUGAUGGCGGUAACUGGUGCGAGUGCAUGUGAUGAGGAAGCGAUGGACAUAGCUCCAGCACUGGUAGCCGACGAGAAGAUGUCAUGUGACGAUCCGCUGGCGCUCGAGGAGGAUGACGAUGCUGCCAGUUCAGAUAAUGAUGAAGUAAUACUUUCCUCACCGGAGAAACUUACCUAA